UAACAUUCAAAGUUCAAAGAGUAAGAAAUAGGUCAUAAAUAUCCAUAUACUUGGUGCAACUUGUUCUUAAUUAAGAGAUUGAGCUUUGAAUUUGUUGAGUAUGAGUUCUUCUAAUGGCGGUGUGCCACCGGGGUUUCGAUUUCAUCCGACCGAUGAAGAGUUACUUCAUUACUAUUUGAAGAAGAAGGUGUCGUUUCAGAAAUUUGAUAUGGAUGUUAUAAGAGAGGUGGACUUGAACAAGAUGGAACCUUGGGAUUUGCAAGAAAAAUGUAAGAUUGGUUCAACACCACAAAACGAGUGGUAUUUCUUCAGUCACAAGGACAGAAAGUACCCAACAGGGUCAAGGACUAAUAGAGCAACAAAUGCAGGGUUUUGGAAAGCAACAGGAAGAGACAAGUGCAUUAGGAAUACCUACAAGAAAAUUGGAAUGAGAAAGACUCUUGUGUUCUACAAAGGUAGAGCUCCUCAUGGACAAAAGACUGAUUGGAUUAUGCAUGAAUACCGUCUAGAAGAUGGCAAUGAUCCUACCAAUGAAGAUGGAUGGGUGGUAUGCAGGGUGUUCAAGAAGAAAAACCUAUUCAAGAUUGGGAGUGAAGGUGGAUCCACACACAAUCAAGAUCAACAAAUGAACAAUAUUUCCUCAACGAAUCAACGCUCCUUCAUGCAAAGAGAAAAUCAAUACUUACUACAUCAACAACAACAUCAAAACCACCAUAGGAACCUAUCCGGUUUCGAGCUCGAAAAACCCGAGCUCAGUCUCCAUUAUCAACACUUGCAAAACUCUCAAUACUCACUCUUCCACUCCCAACCUCAGCCUCAACCUCUACAGGCUAACUUUGAUUACUCAUAUGCAUCACCUUUACAGACAGAACAACCUAUUAUAGUGAAACAACUUAUGACAAACCCUAGAGAUUGUGAGAGUGGAAGUGAUGGUUUGAGAUAUCAAGUUUCAGAAUCUGGCAUUGAAGUUGGCUCUUGUGAACCACCUCAAGAAAUGGGUGUAGGAAGGAGUGGUGAAGGAAUGAAUGAAUGGGGAAUGCUUGAUAGGCUUGUGAAUGAAGACUCCACAAAAGAGGCUACAAGGUUUGAGGAUGCUAAUCCCAAUCAAAUCAAUCAGCUUUCAUUGAGAGGAGAGAUGGAUUUUUGGGGCUAUGGAAAACAAUGAUUUUAUUUCCCCCAUUUUAUAAUUACAUUAUUAUUUAAGACUAAUUAAGUGUAAGGUAUAUGUUUAAAUUGUUGUGACGGUCGGAUUUGUGGUUACCCUGCAAACGUUUAUAUUAUGACAAUAUACGGUUUAAUGUGGCCGUAAUUAUGGUUGUAAUGUCGUUGCAAAUAUCUUUAAAACUUUUAUAUUGCAGCCA